AUGGCGCUCAGCAAAUGUAAAAAUAUGAGUGAAGCAGAUCAGUUGGAAAAAGAAGCAAAACAAAAUACUGUGGAAAUUUCCAUCCAAUUCUCUCUUGCGAUUGAAUUUGAGGAAUUAAGGAACAAGAAAAAUUCCUUAAGCAAUGUGAAUUCAAAUUUAUUUCUUCUUGAGCUGAGAGUAAUUGUAUACGAUCAUAAAUCCUUGACUUUGAUCAUGGAAAGGCAACUAAACAAUGUGAAUAGAAGUGUUUUGAACCUCUCAAUGGCAAAUGGGUCACAAUGUCUUGAUUGCGGAACUCUAUACAAAUGUUAA